AUCCGAUUGGGCACAGUAAGUAGCCAUAUUUCGAACUCGUAGUUCAUUUCCUUUGGUGUUUAAUUGUUUUUGUUUACCAAUCCGUAAGUAAGUUAAUAACGCGGUUUGAUCCUUUUCGUCUGUGCCUCGUCGCGUAUAUUUUCCAGUUGCGAACAAUGCCGGUGCACUCACGGGAAAAGAAAGAGAGCAACCACGAAGAAAUGGAGGUGGAUUACCAAGAGCAGGAGGCGAGCAGCUCAGACGAGGAGGACACGGAAAGCUCGUCGGUCUCUGAAGAUGGGGACAGCUCAGAGAUGGACGAUGAAGAUUGCGAAAGGAGGAGAAUGGAAUGCUUAGACGAAAUGACAAACCUAGAGAAGCAGUUCACAGAUUUGAAAGACCAGCUUUACAAGGAAAGACUAAGUCAGGUAGACAUCAAGCUGCAGGAGGUCAUUGCUGGCAAUGCUGCAGAGUACCUUGAACCCCUCGCCAACCUGCAGGAGAACAUGCAGAUCCGAACCAAAGUAGCAGGGAUCUAUAGGGAGCUCUGUUUGGAGUCUGUGAAGAACAAGUAUGACUGUGAGAUCCAGGCUGCCUUCCAGCACUGGGAGAGUGAGAAGCUGCUGCUGUUCGAUACGGUGCAGAGCGAGCUGGAGGAGAAGAUUCGGCGACUUGAGGAGGACCGUCACAGCAUAGACAUUACCUCAGAACUGUGGAAUGACGGACUGCAGUCUAGGAAAAACAAGAAGAAAGACCCCUUCAGCCCUGACAAGAAGAAGAAACCAGUGGUUGUUUCAGGACCCUACAUUGUUUACAUGCUGCAAGACCUGGACAUUCUUGAAGACUGGACCGCUAUCAGAAAGGCGACAGCUAGCUUGGGGCAGCACAGAGUGAAGACCGAUGUCCCUGCCAAGAGCGAGAAGCACCAGCACAGCGUGCGCUCCGAAGACGGGCGCCUGUUUUACGACGGCGAGUGGUACAGCCGGGGACAGACCAUAUGCAUCGAUCGGAAGGACGAGUACCCCACCAGCGCUGUCAUCACGACGAUCAACCACGACGAGGUCUGGUUCAAGAGACUCGACGGCAGCAAGUCGAAACUCUACAUCUCUCAGCUGCAGAAAGGCAAAUACACUAUCAAGCACUCUUAGGGGCCCGGGGCCCGGACUGGCCCCGCCUCCUCUGUGUUGCCCCAGUGACUCUGACGACAGGCCGUGUCCUGUCUUUACGCUACCCGUACCUGUAGUUGAACAGCUGCCCCUUGGAGACAUUUACUCUUCCCUCCAGCUGCGAGAUGAUCGUCAGUCACGGCUCUGAUCUCGCAUGUGUGGGGUUGCGACUCUCCACGCUGCUAGUGGUGCGAUGGCUGCCAAGGGGAGCGAAUCAGGGACUGGGGGAAGCUAAUAUUUGGCCCACCGCAGUGGAUCCGUGCACGUUAUUACUUAGUGCUUUGCUCGGAUUCGACCAUGUGAGCUAAAUAUGGCGUGGCGAGGCUCUGAGCGCCUCCGGGAAUCGCACCGUUCCUCCUCACUGCAGCAGCCCUUGCCAAAUGGUCUCCAUAACACCGUCACAGCGCGUCUUGCCGGCACCCACGCACGGGGCUCGAUUUAUCUGCUAUUUCUGUUCUCUCUCUACUCCUCUCUCUCUCCCCCGUUCCUCUCGGUCCUUCCCCAUGCAGUAUUAUGUGGUGUAUCGGAGCUGCAUCCUCGACCCGCUUCAGCCUCCGGUUCAUGUCACAUGACCAGCUGACCUUAUCAGACUCCCCCCCCCCAUAUAAGUGUUCGGAAGAUUCCAGUUUAGACUGACCUUAUCAGAGGAAAUACCGCGAGUGCUUUUCUAUCUGUUUACAGGAUCCGUUUUCAAAUGCUUGUCAUGUCACAUAAAUAUUACAUAUUCUCCAUGUUUCACAUAUGCUUGUGUUUUCCUUCAUUGCCUUUGUAAAAAGGAUUUGGAGUCCGUUGCCUCUUUUGCUGCAGAACAGUCCCCCUUGCCCUAGUUCCCUCUUGGCCCAAAGGUCGGUUUACCUGCAGUUGAUUUUUAUUCUCGGGACACCCACGUCCUCCUCGCCGGCUGACCAAGGUCGUCGGUGUCGGUGGUGGCAAACAUAGCUGACGGAGGUGUGGGUUCGGAGCCCAACAGACCGCGGCCAGACCCCAGCGAGACAUCCGGUCUGCUCCCCGGCCCUCUGAACUGCUGGCUGAGGGCCCCCUCAGGCAGUGCUGGGAAUGCGGGGCCGCGUCCACUCCGUUCAAACCCCGGCAGUACUGGGGGACACGCCUGUGGGUUGUUGGCUAACUCUCAGAACAGCGGUCAGGCUCCCAGAAUGAAGCCCUGUGGCUGGCUGGUUAGCGCCGAGCGUGUUUGGCUUUCUGGUCAGUUACACGGUACAUGUGACUUGAUUAUUAUGUAAUGCACUUGCAUGCUCGCAUCGUCAGUACUGUAUUCAGUUUAGAUACUUGCAGUUAGUCUGAGAGCAGUUGGUUGGUGCCACCGUUUGCCUUUCCCCUGCUCUGUUUCAGUUUGCCCCUCUGGGGGGGUGUCGGUGAGCGACCCUGAUCGUCCUGUGGCUCCCAACUUCCAUUCCAUAUGCAAGUAUUUGAAACAGAAAGGGAACAGAUCGGAAUGCCACACUGCUGUCCCCCCCCCCAAUGAAGUGCUGAACUGUGAAGCGUCCUAAGUGUGUCGAUCCGCCCUGCUGUGUGAAGGUAUGGCGGCCCCCCCACCGUCACACGAAAAGGCUCUGAGCUGCAGCUGCUGGCAUUAGUCUUGGGUUAUUAAACGGGAUUCUUUGUGUUUUUUUUCCCGUGACACAAAGCGGCUCUGGAGUGCCUGCAUUUUGUGUUUUCUGUACUGUAUCAUGAAUAAUGAGCAACAGGGUGCUCUGUAUUAAGUGAGGUUAAACGGCUUUCCGUGUGGCACGCUCCCCGUAUGAAUCACGUCAAUUGCAGAUGUUCCUGCGUAAAAAGGGACAUGCUGCGUUGUCCCAGAGGUAUGAACGAUACCGCUGUACAGCUUUCGGGUCUGUGCCUUGCUCCUCUACCGCCAUGGACAGAAAAAGGCUGUGAGCACAAUGUUACAGAAGCAUCACUAACAGCAGGGUUUCCCAAUCCAGUCUGCAGGGACUCUGACAGUCCAUGUUUUUGCUCCCUCCCAGUGCCCAGUAGGGAGGGAGCAGAAAUGUGGACUAUCUGGCAGGGAACUGGGAAAGAGCAAAAACUUGGUUGAGAAACACUGACUUGUGCAUUGAAUUUAUAGGUGUAGCUUUUCAAAAUGAGGCCAUCGGAGAUCCCACCUGGGGUAGGGAGCGGUGUCAGAUGCUUCAGGAAACCCGUACUGUGAAGGGGGGGGGGUCGCUUUCUGUGCCCAUAGCAUUGAAGUCCAACUGAUUCUCUCAAUGUUUAUGUUCUUUUUUGUAAAAUAAAAUGUCUACCACA